GACAGAGAGUUAGAAACCUUGAUGAGAGAGAAACAUCGAUCAGCCGCAACCAAGGACCUGGUGACCUUUGACGACGUGGCCGUGUACUUCUCCCGGGAGGAGUGGCGGCUCCUGGACGAGGCUCAGAGAUGCCUGUACCACGAGGUGAUGCUGGACAACUUGGCCCUUGCAUCCUCUCUGGGUCCCUGCUGUGGAUCAGAGGAUGCAGAUGCUCCCUGUGAACAGAGUGCUUCUGUAGGAGGGUCACCGUCCAGCCCCUCCAAGGCGGCUCUGUCUUCCCUGAAGACCCACUUCUGUGAGAGCUGUGGUCCAGUCUUGAGAGACAUAUUCCAGUUGGCUGAGCACCAAGGAACACCACACAGCCAGAACGUGGUCAGGUGUGAGAGACUUCACAAAGGAGAAAGGCCUUAUGAGUGCAGUGAAUGUGGGAAAUCUUUUAUCGAUCAUUCCAGACUUCGUUAUCAUCAGAGACUUCACACUUGAGUAAGUCCUUCAAGCAGUGAUGGCGAACCGACGCGAACUCAUUUUUUUGGUUGAUUUUUCUUUGUUAAAUGGCACUUAAACAUAUAAGAUAAAUAUCUAAAAUAUACAUCUUUGUUUUACUAUGGUUGCAAAUAUCAAAAAAUUUCCAUAUGUGACACGGCACCAGAGUUAAGUUAGGGUUUUCCAAAUGCUGACACGCCGAGCUCAAAAGGUUCGCCAUCACUGCCUUAAAGUGUGCUGAGAAUAUGCAAAUUUCUGUUCUGUGUAACAACCCUGGAGCCAUCUGUUCCUAUUGAAACUGGUAUCCCUGAACAUGCAGACUGAAAAUUACCCAUAGUUCAUUUAUAUAGCAAGGAUGUGUAAAUAUGUUACACUUUUUUUUUUUAAUAUGUUACACUUUUGACUUGCCCAUCAACCUUCCUAGAUUUAAGUUGCAAUCUAUGCACGUGCAAAACGCAAUUUAAAUGACCAUUCUUUUUCAUACAUUGGCCUUGUAAUUUAUUAAUAAACAAUUGAAAUUUGGA